AAAAUGUCUGUGAACCUGCUCGGUAAAUGCCAAACUCAUCUUUAGAUGGAAUCUCAGAGAUUUCCUUUGAGGAUGAUAAAGAUGACAGCUUCAUGUUACAAGAAGUAGAGAGAUAUAAAGAAAAAAUGGAUACAAAAUCAAAGUCUCAGUUAAGUAACUACAAGCAGAAUAACUUGUCUCCUGAGCCUAAGAUGGAUACUCUUCAGGCUGCCCAACAUGGUAGAAUUCAGGAACUACGAAGAGAUGCUUCAAGAAAGUCUAUUAACUCUUUGAACUCACGCAGUAUUUCUGGUAGAGCUUAUUCGAAUGAACCAGAACCUAAGUUUACCGAGAUCCAUAACAGAAGAGUGAAGAUAAACAAAGCUGAAGAAGGAUUGGUUUAUAAAUAAACAAAUAUUUGAGGAGGAAAAACAAAAAGAUAAAGUCCAAAAGCAGAAGGAGUUUGAAAAAUUUAGAGAUGCAGUUGAGAUGACCAACCUUGAAAAUGGCCAUUUUAUAUAUCCAGAUGAGUCUAAUGAGAGCUAUGGCUCAACCUUUGAUGAAGGCUCUAAUUUUACUAUCAAAGAAGUUAAAACCCAUGGAUCAAAGAUACUGUAUAGCCCUUCUGGGCAUAAAAGCAAAUUUUCAUAUUUCCAGAAGCACAAGAAGUCUACAGUCACACUUCCAAAAGGAAGGAGUACUGUAAAGUUCCCAAAUAUUUCUAAAUUUACUCGCAAAAUGUAAGUUCUAUUCUUUGCUGACUGAUUUUAUUCUUUUAG